AUGCCGCCCGAUCCAGACCAAACCAGCAACCAAAUCCGCGCGGAUUACGACCUUUCUCACCCCAUCACCUCCACUACGGGUUUCCGACAAGGCCUCACAACCUACGGCGAUGCCCACUUCUCCCUAUUUUUGCGCAAGGUCUUUAUCAAGGCGCUUGGGUACUCGGAAGAUGCGCUCUCCCGGCCUAUCAUCGGCAUCAUCAAUACGGGGUCGGGAUUCAAUCCGUGCCACGGUAAUGCGGCGCAACUGAUGGAGGCGGCAAAGCGAGGGGUUAUGUUAAAUGGGGGCAUCGCUAUCGACUUUCCAACCAUCAGUCUCCAUGAGGGAUUCUCUCAUCCGACGAGCAUGUUCCUGCGGAAUCUGAUGAGUAUGGAUACCGAGGAGAUGAUCAGAGCGCAGCCGGUGGAUGCAUGUAUCAUGAUCGGUGGUAUGUCUGGCCGUUUCUGA